AUGGACGAUUUCCUCACUGAUAAGCACAAGUCGAGUAGCGAGACUACUACUACCACCGCAGCAGAGGAGGUCUGUGAUGAUGACUAUAUUAAUUUGACCAAGUCCGAUUCCCUCGAAAUCGAGGGAGGGCUUGGCGGCUUCCACUUUGGGGACUCCCCGAUGCCUCCUACAGGAGGGUAUUAUCUUUUCCUCAUUCCCUCGUCCGAGGAAGUGUAA